AUGUCGUCGUUGAGCCUCCAAGCGAUGAUGCAGAGACCGAGACCAAAAAGAGAAAUACCCGAAGGAUACCCCCUGGAACUGGACCCUAAUAUCGACGAGAACGAUGUCGACGCAAUGAUCGUGGCCCUUCAGGCCAAAGUUGAUGAAAAUGUUAUUCCAGAACUCUACGAGCAUCGACUAAAGCGCUACCUUGCUAAAAAGAAAGAACACGAGGAACUACAGAAGGCCAACCCUGGGUUAUCCCUGGAAGUUUGUUUACGUUUGAGAACACUGCAAGGAAUGUUGGAUCAACUGGAGAAAGAGGGGCCAGGCGACCUUCAUAUUCCGAACAUCAAGGCGAUCAUGGACGCCUAUCGCUCUGGAGACCUGAAAAUUGUGCCUGGACUAGUUACGCAUUGGGCUAGGGGCGCCAAAGUUGCUGGUCCGAUGCAAGACGGAAACACCGUAGAACUAUUCGAAAAAUAUGCUAGGCCCGAGGGGUACCUCUGGACCGAAAGGGGCGACGAACAAAUCCUCCAGCGUGCAUUUUGA